AUGGCGCCAACUUUGGGUUCCGCGCUGCAGGCGCUGAGCGUCGUUCAGUGGAUGCUGACCUUCCUCUUCCUCGGGCCGGGCUCGGUGCUGGCGCUGCUGCUGCUGCUGAGGACGCGGCUCUGGAUCGUCCCCGUCACCUACGCGGGGUGGUGGCUCUGGGACUGGCACGGGCCCGAGCGCGGGCCCCGGCACUGGGAUUGGCUGCGGAAUUGGCGCAUCUGGGACCAUUUCUGUGACUACUUCCCCAUCACGGUGAUCCGGGAGUGUCCCCUCCCCCCCGGGCGCAGUUACAUCCUCCCCGCUCACCCCCACGGCAUUUCCUGCAUCGGCGUCUUCGGGGCCUUCGUCACCGGCGGCUGCGGGGCUUGGGGUGACCCCAAACCUUUGGGGGGUCCCUGCCCGGGGCUGCGCCCCAACCUGGCUGCCCUGGAGGGGCUGUUCCGGCUGCCCCUGUACCGGGAGUACGCCAUGGCCGCCGGGCUGUGCCCGGUCAGCCAACGCUGCCUGGACUCGGUGCUGGCCCGGCCCUCGCAAGCGCUGCUGAUCAUGGUCGGGGGCGCGGCCGAGGCGCUCGAGGGGACCCCGGGGCGUCACCGCGUCACCCUGAGGCGGCGCCGCGGCUUCGUCCGGCUCGCACUCAGACACGGGGCCCCGCUGGUGCCCGUGUACGUUUUCGGGGAGCAGGACGCGUUCCGGACCCCCGUCCUGGCCGAGCGGUCGCUGCUGCGGCACCUCCAGCGCGGCCUCAAGAGGAUUUUGGGGUUCGCCCCCUGCCUGUUCUGGGGCCGGGGGGGGCUCCCGGUGCUGCCCUUCCGGGUGCCCCUCACCGUGGUCGUCGGGACCCCCCUGGAGGUGCCGCGGGUUCCGCGCCCCUCGCCCGAGUUGGUCGCCCACUACCACGGGCUCUACGUGCAGCGGCUGCAGGAGCUCUUCGAGAGGCACAAAGUGGCCUGUGGGGUGUCCCCCGAAACCCCGCUGAUCAUCGCCUGAACCCCCAAAAAAUCCGUCAAAAUCCCCCCCA